UGUCCUAGUGGGUGGCGGACAGCGUGCAGCAGUGAUGUCAACAACAUCGGUUAGUGGGUCAGUCCGUUGAUUUGGGAUAGUCCCCUUAUGUUUGUUACCGAACCUCAUGCUAACAAACAAUUAUCGGCUGCAAUUAAUUUCUACAGGUAUAUUGUUAUCACCAGGCAUGCAGGCUUUAAGGUUCCAGAAGACAACUAACUACUAACGGUAGCUCAUGUUAGCUAGCGGUAGCAUGCUAGCCGCGAGAGGAAAAUGAGAGUAGUGUUAUUUAGCUUGUACAGCACAGACUGUGUCCAGCAGAGAAAGAGCAAAUAAACGUGCAAGCAUAGCGCCUCUCUGGGUUGCGGUGCUGGCAAGCGUAAGUCAGUUUGUGUGGUGAAAGAUGGUGUUGCGUUCUUGACAGCAGAGGCGUCAUGUCAAGUCACCGAGGGGAGCCAGACAAAGUGAUGAACCAUGAUCACCACUGAGUCUGCAAGAGAGUUCCAGGCCAAAGAGCGCAAAUACAAAGAGCAGCUGAAGAGAUGUUUAUCAUCUGCUUUGUCUGCAGACCUUAACGGGGUGCUACAGGAGGAGCUAGAGGCUGAUGUUUCUCUGUAUGCUGGCUCGGGCUUGCUCCGAGCGCACAGAGCCGUACUGUUGGCCAGAGCCCCUCAUGUCCUUCAGGGACAGACACUCAAAGAUCCCACCAGCAUUCAUCUGCCUGGCUAUGAGCUGUCCGGGCUGAAAGAUUUCCUCAGGACAAGCAACUCGAAAAUGGACAGAUAUAUAGAUAUACAGCGAGCAACAACACACUUGACAGAAAACGGCAGGAUGCUACUGCAUAUUUCAGAAGUAGUCACGGAAAAGUACUGGUUGCCUCUGAUACGGAGUUAUAAGGUUGCCAGUCACUUUAUAAAAUGCUUCACUGAGGAAAAACUGAAAAUUCUGUGCAGGCGAGUGUACACAGCAGACCAGAGCAUGCGCUCGGCUAAAAUAAUCCCCGACGUGGAGGGCUCAGUGCCAGAAAGUACUCUGGCUGUUCCCGACCCAGCAGACCUUCAUAGUUCCACUGACUCAGAUGCUGUUCUUGAGCCAGCCUCAGGCCUCGGAGCUGACUUGCUGGAUCUGUACCAGAGGGGAGAGCAGUGUGACAUCACCAUUCAAGUAGCGGAGCAGGUCUUCUCCUGCCACAGGGCAAUCCUGUGUGCGCGGUCUCAGUACUUCCGAGCCAUGCUGAGCGGAAGUUGGAUGGAGAGCUCCAGACAGUGCAUCACUCUGCAAGGCUUAGGGCCAGAUGAGAUGGAGGUCUUGCUCCUGUUCAUGUAUGGGGCCAUUGUGGAUCUGCCGCCUGGAGCUAGUGCCAGUCAGGUGGUGUUGGCAGCAGACAUGUUGGGUUUGGAGGGGCUGAAAGAUGUGGUGGAGAUGGUUCUGACCCGAGACUACUGCCGCUUCUUCCCCAAGCUGACUGAUGGGGUUCAGAGAACAGUUCUCGAGUGUCUGUCCCUCACACACGCCUUAGGCCUUCAAAACCUCCACAUGCUGUGUAAGAGGUGGGUUGCUGAUCAUUUUGUGAAGACCUGGUGUGAGAGAAACUUUUCCCUCUUGUCUCCUGAGCUCCACAGAGCCUGUCUAACGGCCGUAACUGAAACCAUGACCAUGCAGAACGCAGUAACCAUGCUCUGUGGCACUGAGCAGUUGAUUGGCAGUCUCCCAGAAGUCAAGUGGGCCCAGCAGGUGAGGAGUCUUGCCACAGAGCUACAGGAGGAGAGCCUGCAUGUCAUUGUUCAGCAUCUUCCCAGAGUCAUCCGCACUCAGGCCUUCCAGGACCUUCGCAGGAGGGAAGAGUUUACCCGAGAGCCCACGUUGUUGAAGAAGCUGUGUUCAGCCAUCAGAGAAGGUGUGACUGUGGACAACUGCUGUGAUCUUUUCACUGCUGUGUACCAUCUGUGUGGAGAUGGCAUGGAAGAGGACUCUCUCCUGGAGCAGGGAGGGCAAAAACAAGACGAGCCGUUCAGGCAAGAGAUUUGUACGCUACGCGGCCGGCUGUGGACCUUCCUGCUUCAGACCUUUUACGCAGUCCGCCACACGCAGGGAUGGGAGACCCUGUCUUCCAAACACAGAGAGAGGAUACUGGCAGAUGCUAUUGAUAAAGGGGACAAUCGAAGACUUGGUAAAAAACCUGUAUUCACUAGCUCACAGUUAAGGGCUGUAAAAUGCCCUUCACCUGCACCUGAGAGUCCUCGUGUGCACAAGACCCAGAGGGUGUCUGAAAACACAACUUCUUCCUCCCGUAGUGCUGCAUCAGCCAUGAAGUCUGAUGGACUGGGGACAGCUAACAAACCAGUAGAUGGUCACACAUCCAAGGCGAAGAAUGUGAAGAAACCAGGAGACCGGAGUGUAGCAGCAAAAGCAAAGACAGCAUCAGUUGGCACACCAGUUGUCAAUGGCACAGGAGCUGCAGGGGCCAGGCGGGAUGUAGCCAGUGCCAAUGGCCCCAGAAGCUCUCAUGGGGCUAAAGAGCAAGAAAAGAAGCCAAACCCAGGUGCACGGCCUAAAACAUCUCCCCCGAGCUGCACAUCUACAAGCCAGACAGCGGUAAUGAAGGCUCAGAAGAGCUCAGCAGGAAAGGCUGACAGCACUGCUGGCACCACCCAAGCUCAGCCCGGCGCUUCAUCCACAUCAGGCAGCGCCUCGCCAGAGAACGGUGCCAGCAGCCCUCGCAACGACACCCACUCCAUCCCAGGUGCAAAGCCCAAACACCAGGCUAAGGCAGUGAACAAAUCCCCACUGACAAAACCUCCUCAGAAAUCAGAUACAACAAAGACCAGCAGUCCUACCAAUAAGUCAAGUGUGAGAGAAAGUAGCAAAGUCAAGACUGGUGCAGUAGAGAAAGCUCCUACUGGAGUGACAGCAGCAAGGGCAGACACCAAGGGAAGAGGCACACCAGACCACCAUGUCUCCAAGCAUGGCUCCUCCAUGAAAAAGCCAGCUUCUCCCAGGAAAGAAGACAGCAAGGAUGGGUUGAAAUCCCCAGCACCAGAUAAAGCGGCCACAGAAGCUCCUAAAAAGAAGACCUCAAAACCUGUUUCAGCGACUGGAGCCUCAACUAAAUCUAGUGCUAAACCAGCAAAAGCCUCUCCGGCCCCCUCCAAGCAAUCUUCUGUAGUAGCUGCCAAGUCUGGACCAAAGCCAAAAAAUACUACUGAAUUAUCUAUGGAGAAAGCUUCUCCAAAAUCUGGAGGAACUUCCAAAACCUCCGCUACUGCUGCCUCCAAGAAAUCAGGAACUAAAGGAAAAGAGGCAGUGAAUGGUAAAGAUUUAGACUGUAAAACUGAGCUUGCUCCAACUGAAAACACUGGUGGUGUUGCAGUGCAUAAAGAUAGUACAGAGGUAGCACUCUCUGACCAGCCUGCAGCACACAGUACACAGCCAACAAGCCAGGGCGGAGGGGAUUCACUUAGCCUUCGAUUAGAAUCAAGCCCUAAGCAGAGUCUCCGGAAGUCUGAAAUACGGUCAGAAAACAAUAAUGGUGCAGGUGAUGAGACCAGUGUUACACCAGCAGCUAACAACAUCCCCCAUGUCAAAUCUGCCAAUGCAGGCAUUUGCAAACAGUCUCCAAGUGGUGUCAUCUCAGCUCAAAUCAGCGGAGGGCAAGUUCAGGACAUCAGCUCCCUAAAUUCUCCGAGAGACACUGAACGCCCCAUAGACACCCCCUGCAGCAUGGGAAGCACUGACACUCCCUUAGAGGACUCCUGGAGCGGCAUCCACCAUCAGGUCAGCCCAGAGUCCGAGACUGGCAGCACACACACCACUUCCUCUGACGACAUCAAGCCCCGCUCAGAGGACUACGACGCAGGAGGCUCGCAAGAUGACGACUGCUCCAACGACAGAGGUGUUUCCAAGUGUGGCACCAUGCGUUGUCAUGACUUCUUGGGUCGCAGUAGUAGUGACACAAGCACCCCAGAGGAGUUAAAGAUGUACGAAGGCGGUGCGGGGUUGAGAGUGGAGGUGCGGCUGCGCGGGCGAGAAGCAGAGACCACCAGCGAGGAGGAGGGAGUGAGACAGCGUCCUCGUUCCUGGUUGCAAAGAGAUGAGGUUCCUGUAGAGGAGGAGCACUCAGAGGUCGAGACCACCGUGACUGUAAAAAGCGUCCCCGACCACCAGCUCUUCUCCUCUGAGGAGGAAGACGAAGAUGAAGAGGCAACGGAAGAUGAGAGGUCUGAAGUUGAGGUGAUUCCGGGUCAGGCUCCGCUGCCGCCAACUGAACCCUCACCACAUUUUCAGGGCAUCGUCAACCUAGCUUUUGAUGACGAUGGUGUGGACCAGGAGAAUGACCAGCCCGACUACCAGACGUCCUCUAACUUCCGUCGGUCAGUGUUACUCUCUGUCGACGAGUGUGAGGAGUUGGGCUCAGAAGAGGGUGGGGUCCAAACUCCACCUCAACAGCCUGAUGACGCUGUGACUCCCUGUGAUGUUUUCGAGUCUGACUCUACAGCUCCUCAGUCCAAUUGUGCCCCUUCCAGCGACCAACAGAACCACCUGCCGUGCCGACCCGAAAAUGCAGGUAUGAAGCACAAAAAACGCGACGAGGAACGGGAAGAAAAUGCCUCCAUAUUCCUUACAGAGAUCCAGCAGCCUGUGCAGGAGGAGAGUAAUCACAUCCAGGUCGAUGGAGUGAAGUCCAGUGGCCCUCUCCUGGACUCUGACACUAGAGACCUCCCUCCCCAGGAGCGCCCAUGCCACCUGGAUCUGCGGCACACUGAACAAUACAACGGAGGGCUGGGCAAAAAUCCCACCAAUCCCUCAGAAAGCAAGAAAGCUGAUUUACAUCUAGACUUAAAUGAGCCUCAGCUGACAGGGGACUCUCCUGUACAUGCUGCACAAUCUCCAGCAGGGGACAAUGGUUGUGACAGAUUGGAUCAAACCUGCAAACAUGACCGCCGACCAUCCAAAGCCCUCUCUCCCAUUUACGAGAUGGAUGUGGGAGAAGCUUUUGAGCACUGCUCGGACAAGGACAGGAAUGUCAAACUGAAGGCAGAGGAAGAAAAGCAAAAAGGGGACGAUGACAAAAGCAGUGAGUUUGCAGAGCGGGACUGGAGCCUGCUCAGGCAGCUCCUCUCAGACCACGAGUCCAAUCUGGGCAUCAUAAACCCUGUGCCUGAGGAGCUCAACCUGGCUCAGUACCUUAUCAAGCAGACACUGUCCCUUUCACGUGACUGCCUGGACUCGCAGGCCUUCCUGUCCCCAGAGAAGGAGACCUUUAAACGCUGGGCGGAGCUCAUCUCACCCAUGGAGGACUCGUCCACCAGCAUCACAGUGACCAGCUUCUCCCCAGAAGACGCUGCAUCUCCACAGGGGGAGUGGACCAUCGUUGAACUGGAAACCCAUCACUGACUGCACAGAGGAGAGCCUGCUGGACAGUUGACGCCUUCUCUAUGAACGUUGAACGUCUUUACAUCAACUUUGUCUUAAUUUAUUAUCAUUUAUAAUUAUUCUGUCUUUCUCUUUUUGACAUGUCUUUUCUUGAACUCUGGACUUUGCAGCAGCUUAUUUGCAUUCCCCAUCAUGCCCUCUGGACUUUCUUGACAAAUGGGCUGUUAUGCAUGCUGAUAUUUUUGUAUGUUUGACUGUUCAAUUGAUGUUGCUUCGAAGCUCUAGAAAAGAAUAGAGUAAGAAAAAAAUAAUUUCUUUUUCAUGGCAAUCUUCUGAUAAUAUGGUUGACUGAAGUUUCUUAAAGAAAAAUAAUAUUAGCCUGCUGGCUUGCAUUUAAUGUCAUACUGAAAAUAAAGGUUUGUGUUUCUGGAAAAAA